AUGAGGAAAGUGAAUUUACUCAACCGCUGCACUCGGCUCUUCCUGUUUUGCAUCGUAAUGCUGACCCAGCUCUGUGGCCUGACCACAUUCGUCUACGAUUUGAAGCGGGAACGCAUCUAUCAGUCCAAUACUCUGAGGGCGUAUUCCAUAUUUGUUCUAGUGGUCCUUACAGCGACCGUUAUGUCCAACGUCUACUAUAUGAUCAUCCAGGAAGCAGAUUUGUCGCCCCUGAUUGGAUAUUACGUUAUUUUGGUGGUCCGUGUACAGAACCUAGUGUACAGUGGGGAGUGCGUGCAGCUGCUGAAUGAAAUGCUGAGGCUGGUGGGGCAACUGCAGACGAUGGCCAAGCAUCCGAAUAUCUUCCGAGGGCGGCAUCUACUGCUGCUCGUGCUGGCCCUUCACACUCUCGUACGGUCUCUUAUAGCGGCCAUAGAUCGGGACACCAGGCAAAAUAUCAUCUUACUGCUCAUACCUGCCGUUCUAAUGGCCUUCCUGCUCCAGAUCACGAUCAACAUCUGCCUCUUUGUGGUGCUCAUUGCCUGCUACCAGGAGCUGCACCUGUGCACCCGGCGGAUAUCCAAUGAUGUGGCCAAGGUACGACGGGCUCAGCCGCUGGACGGUGUCCACCUUUCGGUGCUGGUCGAGCAACUUCGGGGUCUGACAGAGGAGCUGAUUAUGCUCCGAUCGAAGGUGUUUCACAUCUCUCGACGGCUCAUCAAGCACUUUCGAUUCCACUGGCUGUGCGCAAUGGUGCACGGACUGAUACCCUUCGUAUUCAUCACAGCCAUCGAGCAGCGGGAUCUCUAUUUCAUGACCACUUCUGCGCUGAACAUAGUGUUCUACUUUACAAUUUUUGAGAUGUUGUCAUGGGAAUCUCGGUUGUCGCGCAGUUUCUGGCACUUUCACUUGACCAACUAUCAGCCGAGCUUCGACAGAACGAUAGAUGUGUUGAUACACCAGGAAAUCAGUGAGCACAUCAAAAUAUCCGUCUAUGAAAUUACGCUGGACAUGAAAUUCCUCUUCAGAGUGCUAUCCAUUUCCAUCUUCUUCAUUUUCGUGAACACGCAGAGCUACUGGCACCGCCACCGUUAG